UUGAAAUUGUAGUCUCUGCAUAACACUUGCAAAAUGGCGCUAGAACUAUUCCGAAUAUCUCUUUUAGUCUUACUUUAUUUUAUUACUGGUUGUUCGUGUGGAGAUUUCUGUUAUUACUACAGCUAUGCAUCCAGUAGUACAACGUUUUACUAUUGUGGUACUGGUUGCUGUGGCUAUUACUACAGUCGAGAAUGUUGCAGCAAUAUUGGAACAAUAGCCGGGUCCAUUGUUGGAGGAGUGGUGGUCGUUGCUAUAGUUAUCGGAAUAAUAAUUUGUUGUGUCAUUACUCAUAAACAUCAACAAAAAAGAAUAAAACAGAGACAACAACGACAAGGAAUAGUAACUAUUGUGCACACCGGUGGAAUGCAACAUCACGGUGGGAUGCCAUAUGCACACCCGCCACCUGACUACUCUCCUUUCGGUCCUGCAGCCGGUGGACCGAUGGGUGGGAACCCGGCAUACCCACCUCCGUCAACAUAUGGACAACCACACGGAAUGCCCAUGACAACAGGAGGACAGGCAACAGGAGGAAUGAUGACCACAUCACACAUGGAUCCACCACCUUAUAAAUAGACAAUAUUGAAGAUGUCGUUUGCCCUGCUACAUGUCACAGUGCAAAGACUAAAAUAUUUCACUUUUAUACGGUUCUCCGAACAAUUUUG